AUGAAGAUUUCAGCAAUCAUCGCUGCGGCGGGCCUAAUUGCUCCUGCUUUUGCCGGAGGAGAUAAGGGAAACAAGAACAAGAAGCUUGUCACACCAAGGGAGCUCAUCAAGGACGUCAAGCUCAAGAAUCUGCUUGCUGGAUCCCAGAAGCUGCAGGACUUUGCGGACGCAAACGGUGGAAACCGAGCCUUUGGAGGCGGGGGGCACAAUGCCACGGUCAACUGGCUAUACACGGAGCUCAAGAAGACUGGCUACUACAACGUCCAAAAGCAGCCUUUCGUUGAGCUCUUCACUGCUGCGACAAUCGACUUUUCUGCGGGCGGUACCGAGUAUGAUGCGUUCUACAUGACGUACGGGCCUUCUGGCAACGUGACUGCACCCCUGGUCGCAGUGGCGAACAUUGGUUGCGAUGCCGCAGACUACCCUGCAGAGGUCUCUGGGAACAUUGCUUUGGUCUCACGUGGAACCUGCACAUUCUCUCAGAAAGCCACACUGGCAGCAGCAGCUGGUGCUGUCGGAACCGUUAUCUACAACAACGUCCCCGGUGCGCUCGCCGGCACUCUCGGUGGUGUCGGCGACUAUGUCGCAACAGUUGGAGUCACUCAGGAAACUGGCGCAACUCUGCUGAGCGCCAUUCAGGCUGGUGAGGUCUCGGCCACCUUGCUUGUAGACGCCAUUGCGGAAAACCGCACCACCUACAACGUUAUCGCUGAGACCAAGACUGGCGACAAGAACAACGUGCUCGUUCUUGGAGGCCACACGGACUCCGUCUUCGCUGGUCCCGGUAUCAAUGACGAUGGCUCAGGCACAGUGGGUGUACUCGAGGUCGCCAAAGCCCUCACCAAGUACAAGAUCAAGAACGCUGUCCGCUUCGGUUUCUGGGCCGCUGAAGAGUUCGGCCUGCUGGGCUCCUACCACUACAUGAAGACCCUCAACGGCACCAUUAGCGGUUCUCCUGCUGAAGUCGCCAAGGUUCGAGCCUACCUCAACUUUGAUAUGAUCGCAUCGCCCAACUAUGUCCUUGGUAUCUACGACGGAGACGGCAGCGCCUUCAACCUCACCGGCCCUACCGGAUCCGACACCAUUGAGAGGGACUUCGAGGACUUCUUCAAGAAUCGCGGUGUUCCAUCUGUCCCAUCCAUCUUCAGCGGUCGCUCAGACUAUGCCGCAUUCCUGCAGAAUGGUGUCCCUUCAGGGGGCCUGUUUACCGGAGCAGAGGAGCUCAAGACUGAAGACGAAGCUGCUCUCUUCGGUGGCGAGGCCGGUGUCGCGCUCGACGUCAACUACCACCAGCCCGGUGAUGACAUCAACAACCUCUCCACUGAGGCGUACCUCAUCAACGCGCAAGCCAUUGCGAACUCAGUAGCCAAGUACGCUGUGAGCUUCGAGGGCAUCCCCAAGGCGAACGUCACACACAGGAAGAGAGAUGCGGAGAUCUCGCGUUACAUGGCUAGAUUCGCAGAUACCAUUGCGGAGUCUCACAAGGGCCACGUGCACGCCGCGCCAUGCGGUCAGGGUGCGCUGCUCGAGUAG